AUGUCACCUCCCUUCUUUAAUGAUAUCUCAAAGGACAUCAAUGGUCUUUUAAACAAGGACUUCUACCACAACACCCCUGCUGCUGUCGUAGUUAACACUGUCACAAACAAUGGUGUCAAAUUUACCGUCAAUGCUAGGCAACCAGUCAAGGAAGGUCCGUUGCAAGCUAAUGUGGAAUCUAAAUUCUCGGAAAAGACUACAGGUUUGACAUUAACUCAAGGCUGGUCCAACCAAAACAGAUUGAAUACCAAGAUUGAUUUGGCUGAUUUGGCCCCAGGUUUGAAAAGUGAAUUUGUUACCAGUUUCAUUCCAAAUGGUGCUAAGACUGCUCAACUAAAUUUGAGUUUCGUUCAACCUUUCUUCGCUGCUAAGGGGGUCUUCGACUUAUUUAAGACGCCAUCCUUUGUCGGGAACUUGACCUUGGCUCAUGAAGGUCUUGUUGGUGGUGCUGAAUUUGGUUACGACAUUACAGGUGGUACUAUUUCUCGUUAUGCUUUGGCAUUGGGUUACUCCGCCCGUGAUUACACUCUAGGAAUUUCCAUCAAUGAAGCUCAAAUUACCUCUGCUUCCUUUUAUCAAAGUAUAAGCAAAAUUUUACAAGUUGGUGCCAAAGCAACUUUGAACCCAAAGAAAGGCUCUAACGUCAACAUUGAAUUCGCCACCAAGUAUAACCCAGAUGCUACCUCUCAAGUCAAGGCUAAAAUUACUGAUGCUGGGUUAAUGACUUUGUCAUAUAAGCAAGAUUUGAAACCAGGUAUCACUUUAGGUGUUGGUACUUCCUUAGAUGCUUUGAAGUUGAACGAACCCGUUCAUAAGAUUGGCUGGUCUUUAUCUUUCGAUGCUUGA